AGAUGAGGCGGAUAUUUAUUUUUAAACUGACGUUUACUAUCAGACUACCCUCCUAUGUUUACUAUUUACUAAUAAUAUUUGUAAUCAAUAUAUUUGCCUGAAUAAAAAACUCGUAUCUGUAAAAUCACUUUUAACAUGACCGCAGCAAUAUUAACAGCAGAAUGGUUCCACUUGGGACUUGAUGCUUACUACAGAAAAUUCGAUGUAUAUUCAAUGGCCUGGCAGCAAGAAGUAAAUUUAGAUAACUAUGUAGCAUCUUCAGCUUCAUAUGGUGGACCCAUUGCAAUUAGGAGAGAUGAUCAAAAAUUUUUAAAAGUUCAAGGAUCUGGACAGCCCAUUAUAUCCAUAUUCUCUGGUUCUGGGAAGCAGAUUGCAUCUUUUAAGUGGACAAGAAGACCUAUAGUUCAUAUGGGAUGGACAAACGAAGAAGAACUUAUUUGUAUCCAAGAAGAUGGUAUGGUUGUUAAACAUAACAUGUUUGGGAAAUAUCUUCAUACAUUCAAUAUUAGUCAGAAAGUUCAAGAUUCCAAAGUUAUAGAUGCUAAAAUAUUUACUAGUCCUCAAAACUUCACAGGAGUUGCAGUAAUGACUUCAAAUUUUAAGAUAUUUAUUGUGAAUAACAUUGAAGAACCGAAAACUAGACAGUUAUCAGAACUACCAAGAUCAGGAGUACAACCAACAAGUUGGACUGUGGUUUCAGAAGACACAACAGAAAUCUUAGUAGCUAGAGAAUAUGAACUAUACAGGUUAAAGCAAGAUGAACAUCAUACUAGUGCUAUAUUGGAACCUGACAUAACCAACAAGUACACAUCAAUAAUAAAAAUGUCAGUAUCUUUAAAUGCUCGCCAUUUGGCUUUAUUUACAGAUUCUGGAUAUCUGUGGCUGGGAUCUACUGAUCUAAGGACAAAAUAUUGUGAAGUUGAUUGUGAUAAUGUGCACAGGCCAAAACAACUUCUUUGGUGUGGUAAUGAAGCUGUUGUGCUUUAUUGGGAGAAAGACACUUUUCUUGCAGGUGGUGAAAAGGAGAAUAUUUUUCUCGUUGUUGGAAAACAUGGAGAAAAAGUAAAUUUUUUCUAUGACAGCUCUAUAUUUCUAGUUCCAGAAAUAGAUGGCAUCAGAAUAGUAUCUAACACUCAGCAUGAGCUGUUGCAGAAAGUCCCCGAGAGUGUUCAGAAAAUUUAUAGAAUAAACAGUACAGAACCUGGUAGCUUCUUGCUUGAAGCUUCAAAACAAUUUCAGAGGGGCAGUCAUAAAGCAAAUGAAUAUAUUUGUCUAGUAAAAAAUGAUUUAGAAAUAGCUGUAAAUCAAUGCAUAGAAGCAGUAGGCUAUGAAUUUGACACUGAAAUUCAGCAAAUGCUUAUAAGAGCUGCCCAAUUUGGCAAAUGUUUUAUACCAGAUGCCAGAUCAGAUAUUUACGUUAAUAUGUGCAGACUUUUGAGAGUUUUGAAUGCUGUAAGAGAUCCUAAAGUAGGAAUACCCAUAACCAUUACUCAGCUGAAUUACAUGAAGAGAAGAAAACAGGGCAUUUUGAAAAGACUAAUAACUAGGAAUUAUUAUUAUUUAGCUCUCCAAAUCGCAAAGUAUCUUAAGCUGCCGGAGAAAGAAGGUACCAGUUAUAUUUUAGUACAUUGGGCCAAGUAUAAGGUUAGUCAGUCCCAUCUCGAGGAAGAAACCGUAGCGAGAGAAAUUGCAGACAAAUUAGGGUAUUCAUCGGGCAUUUCUUACAGUGAAAUUGCCAGUACGGCAUCUGAGUACGGACGAAAGAAACUAGCGAUAAAGCUUCUUGAUUACGAAUCCAAAGCAAGUGAUCAGGUGAAAUUGCUCUUAGAAUUAGGAGAGAACACCCCAGCGUUGGUUAAGGCUAUAGAAAGUGGCGACACCGAUUUAGUUUAUAUGGUUAUCUUGAAGUUAAGAGAAAAAAUGCCUCUGGGAGAUUUUAAGAUGACUAUAAGAAAUUUUCCAGUAGCUCAAUCUUUGUACAUUAAAUACUGUAAAGAACACAACACACAAGCUCUGAACGAGAUAUAUAUCCAGGAGGACGACUUUUCUGCUCAAGCCGAAACUUUUAUAUUAGAGAGCUUAGAUAAUAAGAAAAACCAUAUGAAAGACGCUCUGCUGACAUCGGCCCAAGAAGCUUACAAAAAAGGAAGAAAAGAUCUGUACGUAGCCAUGUGUGAUGAAUCUGUGAAAUUGAUCAGAUUUCAGAGGGAAGUUGAAGAUAAAAUACCAGGCACUAAGACUAAAUUUAUCGGUAAAUCAGUGCAUGACACUUGUAAGUUGUUGCUGGAUAUGAAAGAGACGAAAUUGGUUGAAAAAUUUAAAAAUGAUUUUAAAAUUCCGGAGAAAAGAUAUUGGUGGGUCAAAAUAGAUAGUUUGGCCAAACAAAAAAACUGGACGGAGUGGAAAAGUUUUCUAAAAUUAAGAAGUCUCCAAUUGGUUACGCCCCGUUUGUCGAUGUGUGUCUACAGUACGAUAACAGGUCAGAAGCUCUCAAAUAUCUAGCGAAAGUUACAGAAGACAUUAAAGUGAAAUAUUGCAUUAAGACAGGAUGCUUAGAAGAGGCUGCAGAUAUUGCCUUUCAACAAAGAGAUAUCCAAAGUCUGCGCUAUGUCCAAAGCAAGUGCAGCAAUCAAUUUCCACAAAACCAACUUUGCGAGAGAAUAAGUAGCAUGAUCAUGCAACUGGAAUCAAAGAAGUAGAUUUACGGUGAUUUAUUUUCUAUCUAUUGUUUUAUUAUGAAAUAUUAUACAUUAUAUUUACAUAUAUUAUAAAAAAUUGUAAUUAAUUAAAUCGUAUAUAUGGAUAAAUAUUUCCUCCAUUUUUCUGUAAAAUUAUGGGCUUUUUUUCUUCAUAUCUAAUUAUAUUUGAACUUAUUGGCAUUUAUUAUAUUG